AUGUCGACCAGCUCGCAGUACUACAGAAGCGCCUCGCACUACCACCAGCCCUUCCCCAGCAACCACGAACACCUGUAUGCCCUGACAACAGCAGCAUGGCAGAACGACGCGAACCACGACUCGUACGCCGCCGGCCCGUUACCCUCGCCAGCCCCGUUUCUCCACUACCCACAACCCGGAGCCGACUCCGCUAGUUUGCUGCAUUCCUCUGCUCCACCGGUUUGGCCGUCUGGCUAUGUCCGACAUGAGAUUCAUGAAUGGGAUCCCCCGGGACCCGAACAGAGCUUCACGUCGCGCUCAGCAGCAGUGUCCUAUCUCCAUGCCGAGGGCGAGAGCGAGCCUGUGCCUCUCCCCAGUACUGCUGCUGUUCGCCGCCAAUACCAACACCAACACCAACAUCAAGAGCAUGCUUUCCCAAGCACAGAGCGCUUCAACGAUUUGCGAAAUGCAUCGAUCUCCCCCACCAACGUGGUAGACCCACCAUUCUCGAAUCAUGCUGCAAAGCCACAUCCCGCCUCACGACUCUCGCAUUCUGAACCGCAGACAUUGUCCUUGCACACUACCACCCAACAAGUGCCAAGUCGGCCAUCCGCUACGUGGGAAGCACAACGACAGUGUCCAGGUCCCUCUGACCGUACUCUCUCCUCUGGCCUGAUAACAGCUAGACAGAGCAGCUCGUCCGCUACACCAUGGCCCACAAUCGAUUCUGGCGAAUCUGCUGCUGCAACUGCCAUGUACGAGCGGCUCCCCAACGUAGGCCAGGAUUGGACGCUUGUCCAAGCACAAGCUGAACAAGAAGCAUACUCACAACAUCCUGCUUCGCUAGACCCCUUCGACAAUGCUACCGCGCAGUUACCGAGCUAUCAGAGAGCUCAGACUAAGAAGAAGGCCACAAAGGUCCCUUCCUCGUUUGUCGAAAGGCAGGAAAAGUUGAAGGUAUCCAAGCGAAAGGGUCCCCUUCAGGAGAAGCUGAGAGAAAAGACCCACACGAUGCGCAAGACCAAGAGAAUUUGCGUGCGUUGUAGAUUCUACAAAUCCGGUUGUGAUGAGGGUGAUCCAUGUCAAAAGUGUGAGAAGAUCACAGGCCAUGCCAGAUCCUUUCGCGAGCCGUGUUAUAGAGAACAUCUCGAAGAUACAAGCCUGGUACGCCGUUGUAACGGCCGUGAGCAUCAAGUAGAAGCCGAGUUCCUCGGUUACGACUGGAUACAUAAUAGUCAACUCUACGAAAUGGAGAUAGUAUGGAACCUCCCAGGGUACGGUCUCAUACCGAAUGCCCAGCCUAUGCGGAUUACGUUUCGCCCGUAUAGUCCACGAAGAGGCUCCCUUGAUGUAGCCGCGUCUGUAUGGUCAAAUACACAAGGGGAAGUCCGGCAACUCGAGCAGCCAGCAUAUGCCAUUUACGACACCGCGAAUCUGGUUCCAGCCUUCGAGAGUUACUUCUCAAGACUCCAACCUGCUAUCGAAGAAUGGAUCUUUACGCGCAUACGUCAAGACGAGGUUGCUUACAUGACUUACCAGGAAGUUGUACGAAUGCGGAGUACGAAGGGUUCUAAAGCACUCGAUUUGGCCAUGCGAUUGCAAUGUCUCUCGGUGGUAUCUCAGGGAUACGGCUCUGUCUGGUCCAACAAUAUACCUGGCAUUCGUGAAUACGAUUAUCGUAAUCUUGGUCGCAGCGAAUACGAAGCCUACGAUCGAAACUCCCGUGAUCGACCACUGCCAGGUGCUAUGACCCACCAGAUGGACGUUGCCGCCGUGAAGUAUCUAGGAAAGUUGGAAAAAGCCUUCGUCAAAGAGUUGGCAGCAUUAAUCUUCAAGCCCAAAAUCAAGCCCUGGUACGAACUGUUCUUAGCAUUCUACGUAAUAUUCUGGAAUCUUGAAUACAUCCACCACGGAGCGCAAGACUACAUCAAGUCCAAGAACGGCACGCUGAUUGAGAAUCAAGUGAGCAAUGUGGUAACCAACCAGAUCAAGAAAUGGGAAUUUGCCUUUCCUGUCCUCCUCUACCACUGGCGUUGUACACUUCGCGGCUACUCGCCAUUCAAGUUGGCGCGUGAUAAUCCUGAAGAAUUGUGUGAGAGAGGGCAUAUAGACACUGAAGGGUUUGAAUAUGUGACGAAAAUUGCCAAUUUGUUUGACAGAGUCAAUCCAGACCGAUUUCAACCGCCACUUACCGGAUUUACCGCAACCCAUUGGUCCACGUCUAGUGAAUGGAUUGUUAAACUGUUCAAAGAAGCUGGUGCCUGA